CCAGUACGAUUCCAGAGCUAGACGCGCACACAGAGUCGAAGAGAUAACCAUGCGAUGCGCAACGAAUAAUUUGCUGCUGCUGCUGUUGCUGCUGGGCAUGGUGCUUGCCACAGUUGGCGGUGGCAGGAGCAAAGGCAAGAAGUCAACGCCUUGCCCCAAGAUGAAGCUCAAACGUCAAUGGGGCGGCAAGCCAGCAAGCGGACUGGAUUAUCAGGUGCGGCCCAUACGCUUUGUGGUCAUCCAUCAUACGGUUAGUGCAGAGUGCACAACUUUCGCCCAAUGCGCUGAAAUUUUGCAGAACACGCAGAGAUUCCAUCAGGUGGAUUUGGAUUACUAUGAUAUUGGCUACAAUUUUCUUAUAGGCAACGACGGUGUUGUCUAUGAGGGCACGGGCUGGGGUGUGAAGGGAUCACAUACAUACGGCUACAAUGCCAAUGGCACGGGUAUUGCUUUCAUUGGCAACUUUGCGGAUAAGCUGCCCUCGCAAUCAGCUUUAGAUGCUUGCGAACAGCUUUUGGCCUGUGGCGUGGACCAAGGCGAGCUGAGUGACGAUUACUCGCUGAUUGCUGCCUCCCAGGUCAUUUCCACACAAAGCCCCGGCCUAACGCUCUAUAAUGAAGUUCAGGAGUGGCCGCAUUGGUUAUCAAAUCCGUAGUUGUAUAUUAAUAAGGCAUAUUUAAAUUUGGCAGUAUAAAUAAAGUCAAGCACCGAUGCCGACUACUCGAUAGCGAAUUAA